AUGUCAAAGGCAUUGGAGACUCAGCUGGCUCGGCCAUAUCCUGGACCUCCACUGCCUAGUUCGUCACACAUUCGCCUCGUCCACCUGCUGCCCGGAACAGAUGCAGCUGUCUGCUGUGAGCUAAUAACGGUUUCUAUUGACGGCGCGCCAGAAUACGAGGCUUUAUCGUACACGUGGGGUGAUGCUUCCAGUGUAGAGAUGAUUGACAUGACGACGCAAGAUUCCAAGACUCCGCAGCAAUUCUCAGUAACUUCCAACUGCUUCUCCGCCUUAAAACACCUUCGAUAUGAAGACAAGACUAGAGUUCUUUGGAUUGACGCCCUGGCCAUUGAUCAAUCAAAUGUUGAUGAGAGAAAUCACCAAGUCAGCCUCAUGUCAAGGAUAUACUCUCAGGCCACAGGCGUGGUUGUUUAUCUCGGUGAAUCUGCAGACGAUAGCGACCUGGCCAUCGAAUUCAUGAUGGAGUGCUAUGAUCCAUCUCCCGAUAAUUCCUCUUUAAGUUUCCCAAGGUCCGACACCUUGAUGGACGCACUCCGGAAUUUCUUCCUUCGGCCUUGGUUCACCAGGGUCUGGGUGAUUCAAGAAGUCUUCCUAUCAUCCGAGAAGACCGUGUACUGCGGAGAAAAAGAAAUACCAUGGCCUGCAAUGGAGAACUUCAAGCAUUAUCUGGUCAACACGAGACUGCAGUUUCGACUGCCGUACGUGGUCUCAAAAGCUAGCAAAUACUUUGUAGGGGAGGACGCUCAAACAUUCAUGUUCUAUUCUCUUCUUGAUUCACGACACUGCGAGGCAACUGAUCCACGUGACAAGAUUUACAGUCUGCUCCCGAUCCUCCAGUCUCAUAACAAGCCACUUGACCUGAUACCAAGGUACCAAGAUACGCCAGCGAGAAUCUACACGGACUGCGCUCUGUCUUUAUUACCUAGCUGCGGCUGGAGCCUUUUGAGUGCUGUUCAAGGGAACCCGAGGACAGAAAACAUGCCGUCUUGGGUUCCAGACUGGAAUGUCCCGCCUCAGCGAUAUGUUAUCGACUCAGAUGCUAUUAUGGGAAUGGAAGAGUUUUGGGAGGGGAUGUUAACCCAGGCAGUUCCUGACAAACCACAAGUCGUGAUGCGGAGGUCGGGUGAGGGAGAAAUACCUGCAUUGCAUGGAUAUGGGUAUUCAUGUGGAAAUAUCUCCAAAUUGGGGUCAACUUACAUCGCGGGCCAAACACCGUUUCCUGCCCAGGAGUGGUAUAGUCUCGUUAACAAGAUUGAUAUAUCAACACGCCCUGCAACCGAUGCCGGUGACGUCAAGUUUCCUCACCGAGCAGAAUUCUUCUUCAGGUUCCUUCGGCUUGCGCGCUAUUUAUACGACUCAAGCAUGAAAGAAGAAGAAGAAGAAGACGCUGUCAAUGACUUUCCAAAACCAGAUUUCAUCAUUGGAGGCUCGCAAGAGUCUUAUGAGGAGUACAGGUUCGGUUUUAAGUGGGAAGACAGAAUACGAAAAUUGGCGCUGGAGAGGAAAGAUGGUGUGCUGCCGUUCCGGGAUAUCCCUUUUCAUUAUGCAGCGAAGGGCUGGCCACCGAGUUAUGGGGAUACUAUACGCUGGAAUCUCCAGGCUUGUCAUUUGCGUCGGUGCUUUGUUACUGAUACAGGAUAUUUCGGACUUGCGCCUGCGGAAGCAGAGAUUGGAGAUCAAUUGUUUAUCUGUGUUGGGGCUUCGGUUCCGUUCGUGCUGAGAGAGAUUGGUAGUAGUGGAGGCAAUGAGUUUCACUUGGUUGGGGAGAGCUAUUUACAAGUCGGCGGAUGGUAUGGAAUGAUCACCAAUGAGAGUCAACCUCAACCUUUGUACAUUAUAUAA